UUUUGUUUUUCCUUUUCUCUUUACGGACACGGUACAACAGAUUGCGAUUUUUAUAGAGAACUCUAAAUUUUUGGCAAAAAAGGAGACGUACUCUGAUCUGGCAGACGCCAUUCAUCAUGUGCUUCGGACCUCUACGCCCCUUGAGGCAGCUGUGCCACUGGGGCCCGUUCAUUGCAAUAUUCCUCAUGAUCUACAUCACAACGAAUGCUGUUAUCUGUGCGCUGGCUGUGUGGCCUCCAUUGAAAGAAGACCCGCUGAGUGUGAUUCACUGUGCGAUGCUGGUCAUCUGGUGUAUCACUAUCUUCUAUCACUACUUCUAUGCAAUGUUCCUUGGACCCGGCUUUGUCCCCAAAGGAUGGAAACCAGAGAAGAAAGAGGAUGAGAAAUACCUUCAAUAUUGUCAGUUUUGUGAAGGAUUCAAGGCACCUAGAGCUCACCAUUGCAGGUAUUGUAAAAGAUGUGUUAUGAAGAUGGACCAUCACUGUCCGUGGAUCAACACUUGCUGUGGUCACUUCAACCACGCCCACUUUACAAACUUCCUUAUUUUUGCAGUACUUGGUUGUGGUCAUGGAGCUAUAGUGUGCAUGUAUACUCUCUAUAUACAAGUCUUUCAAAUGAUACUGUAUCCUCGUAGACGAUAUAUGAUGGAAUCUCUUCAAAAUUCACCUUAUCUUACAUUUGGUUUUGUACAUCUUAUAUGUGCCAUCUUAGCUGUUGGUUUUGCCCUAGGGGUUUGCGUAGCAGUUGGAGUAUUAUUCUUUAUUCAGAUGAAAUCUAUUCUUAAAAAUGAGACUGGCAUUGAGUCUUGGAUAAAAACAAAGGCAAACUCAAGACACAGGCGUUUUGGAAAAAGCUUUGUCUAUCCGUAUCAUCUUGGCUGGAAGGAAAACUUGAUGGAAGUAUUUACAUUACGUGGUGUUCCAAAGGGAGACGGGUUUACUUGGUCUGUCAUCGAGGGGUGUGAUCAAUAUACAUUAACACGAGAACAAUUGGCACAAAAGGCUGAGAAGAAGCAUCGUUUGGUGGAAUAUGAGAUCAUAGAUGACUACAGUGGUUAUAUCUGUACACUUUCUCAUGGUUUGUGUACCCUGGUAAGAGUACCUCUAUCAGAUGAGCCAAGAAUACCGGUAGAAAUUGGUGAUAUCGUCAUGGUUUCCAGAUGGAAAAAAUAUUGGUUGUAUGGUGACGUGGUGCUGGACGAUGAUGGAGACACCAAGAAACGUGUACGGGGUUGGUUUCCCGCCAACUGUGCUCAAGAAUUCAAGAUUGAAGGAGAUAUGGAAGAGAGUACCAGUAAUAGCCCAUCAAAUAACAAGGUCAAGCCAAAGUCUAAGGAUGAUUGAGUUGACUCAAAUUGGCAACCAUUUCCCUGGUACUACAGAGCUACUCUAAAAGCUGAAAUUGCACCACAAAGCUAAAGCAGACCAUUAUUAGUAGUUGAGAACUUACUUCUGAAGUAUAGAGGACUCAUUGUACACCAUGUAUUCUUUUACAUGUACAUUGAAAACCUGGUGUAAAUGUGAAGCAGCUAUGCUGAUGGUUGAGAACUACUAAUUCAAGAAUCUCUGUGAUUUCCAAGUAGGUAUCUCGGAUCCCAAUGGAUGAUUGUUACCUGGGCUCCGUAACACAAAAAUUUGUGAUGAAUUGCAAAUAUGAAAAAAGCAUUCUGAUUGGUUCCUGUCCAUU